GAUGGAGAUGAGUCUCCUGAUUUGAUGCAUAUUCCUUUCAGAAACACUGCAAGAAAUUCAAGAGUUCGGAAUGAAUCUGAGGUGUUGCAAAUGCUUGGGAAAAGGAGGGUUUGUUUCAGUUGUUGAAGUAGAAGAAAUUCUUGAAAAUGAAACUUCCAACAGUGAAAUAAAAUCAAGCAUGACAGAGGAAAAACAACGACGCCAGGUUGAAGAUAGCUUGAUGAAAUUGACGAAGUUGAAGGCUUGAAGCACCUAGCGUACGCUCGAGAGUUUUAAAUGAGGACUCGUGGACCAAUGAAAACACGAAUGAUUGCAAGCAUGUUGAAAACGAUAAAACCUCUAGCGAGGACGAGGCUCAAAUACAAAAAAAUAACACCGAGUCUACUGAAGAUAUGUUCAAAAGAAAUAUCGAUGAAUAACAUAUACAGUUUGGAAGCUAGUUAGCUCACGUGGUCAACCUAAAAAUACUCCUAAUUUUUAAAUAUCUUUUACAAUUCAUUCUAAAUCAAGCUGUUCAACAUCAGAACGUCUACACGAAUUUGUGUGUUGGUUAUUGUUUUGAAUACAUGAACUUAUAAAGACGCGAGAUUCUGAGCUUAUUCACAAUAACAAAUAUUAAAUUAUAAUUUCUCAUUAUUAAAAACAUUAAUGUGCACAUAUAUUUGUAACUGUAAAGUGAAAAUUAUCCAAACUUGCAAACGUAUCUAUUAUAUACCAGAAAUAUUUUGACUUGUCACAUGUCCAGCUGCCAGAUUGAAUUGAAAAAGAUAUGUAUUUAUAUAGUGUUAACGUAAGAGGUAACACAUAAAACCAAUAUAAAAUUAAAUGCUUUCAGAAAUUUGCAAAAAUUCUGUCCUCUAGUACGAACUAGGCUGCUUUGGUCGUUCGUUCCACUGGGUAGCUCCCAUUGGUCGUUCUGGUGUUCUGGUCGUUCCCGAUUCCCAACGUUGCUCUUUUUAGGGAAACUGGAAACUAGUCAUUGAAGCAAAACUGCAAAAGAAGACAAAAGUAAGAACGAGGGAAGUUUGUAUUUAGAUUUGGUUGUACUUUAAGAUGAAAAAAGACAAUAAUUAGUUGACCAAGGAGAAGUAUUUAGAGUUUUAUUGGAUAAACAAGUGUGUAAAAAUGAUGCCAUCAAGAGAUCCAGGCUUACAAAGACCUCCUCAAUUUACUUAUACUCCUGAGAAUAUGCAACGUCUGGGAAAGGCAAUUCAAUCUAUGCAGGAGAAAGGAAUGGAAUCAGAUCCUCGCUAUAGUACUCUAUUAUCACUUGCACGUAAUGCCCAGCAAAUGCAGCAUUUACCAGGAUUCCCUAGUGACUCUAGUGGCAGCUCAAAUAUUAGCAAUAUGAUGCCAGCAUCUGGACAGAUGGGACUAACUUCAACAAAUGAAGGUUUCCUUGAUGAUGAUGGUUCUUCUCUUCAAGGAAAGACCAAUGGAGGACUUACUGCUGAUCAAAUUAAUCAAUUGCGCAGUCAAAUUGUGGCGUACAAAAUGCUCUCACAUAAUCAGCCUCUCACAGAUCAAAUCAAAAUGGCAAUUCAAAGUAAAGGUGGUACGCCAUCACAGUUAGCCAGUGCUCAACCAACACAAGCAGAAAUUUCAGCUGUGUCUGAAAGCACAACCAAAGAAUCUGGUAUUUGGUGUGCAUCAUCAGGUAAUGCAAGUACAAGCAGUUCUAUUCCAACAUCUCAACCACAAGGCAAAGAAGAUGAACAGAAACCUCAGGUUUCUCAAGCUAGUCAGUCAUCUGCAACUCAAAGCUCAACUAGACCUGCUACAGCUUCACAAAUCUUAGCAACUAUUCAAAAUCCUGCUCGGUCUCGAUUGGCUCCCGUUGCUAAACCAACAGGAUUGGAUCCAGUUGCCAUACUGCGUGAAAGGAAAGGUAGAAUUCAAGCUCGUAUAACUAUGCGCAUUCGUGAGUUGGAAGGUAUUCCAUUAAAGGCUUUGGCAGAGGAUCUAAGACUGCAAGCAACCAUCGAAUUAAAAGCAUUACGACUUUUAAACUUUCAAAAACAGUUACGUGCUGACGUUGUAUCAUCAACACGCCAAGACACGACUUUAGAAACUGCUCUAAACUCGAAGGCCUACAAACGAAACAAAAAACAAUCUCUACGUGAAGCAAGGAUAACGGAAAAACUGGAAAAGCAACAAAAGAUUGAACAAGAACGUAAACGAAGAUUGAAGCAUCAAGAUUAUCUAAAUUCGGUGAUGGUUCAUGCUCGCGAAUUUCGAGAAUUUCAUCGAACAAAUGUUUCUAAGAUUGCCAAACUUAACAAAGCCGUGAUGAAUUAUCAUGCGAACAGCGACCGAGAGAGAAAGAAGGAGGAAGAGAGAUUAGAAAAAGAAAGAAUGAGAAGACUUAUGGAAGAAGACGAAGAAGGUUAUCGCAAACUCAUUGAUCAAAAGAAAGACAGGCGUCUGGCAUAUCUUCUCGAUCAGACAGAUGAAUACAUCAGCAAUUUGACUCAACUCGUAAAAAAGCACAGGAAAGAUAUCAAGAGAAAGAAAAGAGAGCAUCGUAAAAAACGCGAGGAAGAAGUCGAUGAAACAGGGGAAAUUAUUGAAAAAAUGGAUCCUGAAGAUCACGUGGCCGUCGUCAAUACGGAAACGGGUGAAAUGUUGACCGGAAGUAAUGCACCAACAGCUAGUCAGAUUGAAGAAUGGUUGGCGCAGAAUCUUAACUAUCAAGUUGCACCACGUCAAGAAGAUUCUGACAAUGAAGAUGAUGUCGAUGAAGAAGAUGAGGAAGAAGAAGAAGAGGGCGGUGAAAGUGUUAAGAAAAAUAAUGAAGAUAAAACUGAGGAAGAGAGAAGAAAAGAAGAAUACGGAGCUGAAGAUGAUAUCGAGAGUACAACGGUUUAUGAAAGUAAAAAUUACUACAACAUUGCUCAUGAGCUUAAAGAAGAUGUGAAACAACAACCAAGUAUUUUGGUUGGAGGAACACUUAAGGAAUAUCAGCUGAGUGGUUUGGAGUGGAUGGUAUCUUUACACAAUAACAACUUAAAUGGUAUACUUGCUGAUGAGAUGGGACUGGGAAAGACCAUUCAAACCAUCGCUUUACUUUCUUAUUUACUUGAAAAGAAGAAAAUUAUGGGACCAUUUUUGGUCAUUGUGCCUUUGUCGACGUUGUCUAACUGGACGUUGGAGUUUGGAAAAUGGUGUCCAUCAAUUAUUUCCAUCUGUUAUAAGGGCUCACCUAAUUGUCGACGAUCCCUCGCCAACCAAAUAAGGACUGGAAAAUUUAACGUUGUUCUUACGACAUAUGAAUACGUUAUGAAAGAUAAAGCCGUUCUUGCUAAGGUUCGUUGGAAAUACAUGAUAAUUGACGAAGGUCACAGAAUGAAAAAUCAUCAUUGUAAAUUGACACAAAUUUUAAAUACGUAUUACUCAGCUCCUCAUCGCCUUCUUUUGACUGGAACACCUUUACAGAACCGUCUUCCUGAGAUGUGGGCUUUGCUUAACUUUUUGCUACCAUCCAUCUUUAAAUCUUGUAACACAUUUGAUCAAUGGUUUAAUGCACCUUUUGCUAUGACCGGGGAAAAGGUUGAGUUGAACGAGGAAGAAACAUUGUUGAUAAUACGACGUCUGCACAAAGUUUUACGUCCUUUCUUAUUGCGUCGUUUGAAAAAAGAAGUUGAAUCACAGUUGCCCGAGAAGACGGAAUAUGUUAUUAAAUGCGAUAUGUCUGACCUACAGAAGCUUUUGUACCAACAUAUGUAUAAGAAAGGAGUUCUUUUAACUGACGGCUCCGAGAAGGAUAAAAAGGGUCGUGGAGGUGCUAAAACAUUGAUGAAUACUAUCAUGCAACUUAGGAAGAUAUGUAACCAUCCAUUUGUCUUUCAACAUAUUGAGGAGUCUAUGGCUGAACAUUUAGGUUUCACUGGAGGACUGGUACAGGGACAAGAACUAGUGCGUUGUGCUGGCAAAUUUGAACUUCUUGAUCGUAUUAUGAUGAAACUAAUUCGCACUAAACACAAAGUUUUGUUAUUUUGUCAAAUGACAUCCCUCAUGACCGUAAUGGAAGAUUAUUUCAACUAUAAAGGUAUCAGAUACCUUCGUUUGGAUGGAACAACGAAGGCAGAAGAUCGUGGACAUCUAUUGCAAUUAUUCAAUGCGCCCAAUUCAAUAUAUAAUGUCUUUCUUCUGAGUACAAGAGCCGGAGGUCUGGGACUUAAUCUACAAGUUGCUGACACUGUGGUUAUUUUUGACAGUGAUUGGAAUCCUCACCAGGAUCAGCAAGCUCAGGAUCGAGCCCAUCGUAUUGGUCAAACAAAUGAAGUGAGAGUAUUAAGAUUGGUGACUGUUAACAGUGUAGAAGAAACCAUCCUUGCUGCAGCUCGAUAUAAACUUAACAUUGAUGAAAAAGUCAUCCAAGCAGGCAUGUUUAAUCAAAAUUCAACAUCAGGUGAACGGAGGGCUUUCCUUGAAGCAUUGUUGGAAAACGAUAAAGAUGAUGAAGAAGAGGAAAAUGAAAUCCCGGAUGACGAGACUGUUAAUCAGAUGAUUGCAAGAAAUAUUGAAGAAUUUGAUCUCUUUCAGAAAAUGGACCAUGAAAGGAAACUUCGGGAAGUGAAGUGUGGUGGCAAGCCUCGAUUGAUGCGUCGUGAUGAACUUCCUGGUUGGAUCCUUAAAGAUGACGCUGAGGUUGAAAGACUAACCAAUGAAGAUGAAGAGGAAAAAUUGUUUGGACGUGGUAGUCGUCAAAAAAAGACAGUGGAUUAUAGUGAACCAUUAACCGAACGACAAUGGCUUAAGGCUAUUGAAGAUGGCUGUCUGGACGAAAUGGAAGAAAGGAAAAAGACGAAAAAAGCCAGAAAACGUAAACGUCUAGAAGAUGGUGGAGAAACUUCUGGUCAAAAGUCGUCCAAGAAAAAGCGAGGUCGACCGGCGGUUGAUAGAGUUAAAAUGCCGCCCAUUCCUGCUGAUUUAAAGAAAAAAAUGAAAAAAAUUGUGAAGUACAUUGUUCAUUAUCGAGACGAUGAUGAUCGCCCAUUGGCUGACAUCUUUACCGUACUACCUUCAAAGAAAGACCUUCCAGAUUAUUAUCAAGUUAUCAAACAACCCGUUGAUAUUAAAAAAUUAAGGUGUCGAAUCAACAGUCAUCGCUAUCGUUCCAUGGAUGAUCUUCAAGCAGAUUUUAUGUUAAUGUGUCGAAACGCUCAAACUUAUAAUAUUGAAGGCUCCAUCAUUUAUGAUGAUUCGAUCGCUUUACAGUCUCUAUUCCUUCAUGUCCGUGAGAAAGUUGAAAUUGGAGAAGAACUGGUGAUAAAUAAAUCAGUGGCCAGUGAUAGAGAAGAAGAAGAUGAAGAUGAGGUCGAGGAUCAAGGUGAAGAAGAAAGCGAUGGUUCGGAUGAUGAUACGACAUUGUCAUCAUUAAAAAUGAGAAUUAAGAUAAACAAAGAGGAAAAGGCCAAAAAGAAACAAGGUCAUUUCAAAAAAGUGGGCGAAAGCGCUUCUCAACAGGAAGACAAUUCUGAGAUGGAAUCCGCUGGCGAAUCAGAAAGUUCUACAUGACGAAUAUCUUACUGGUAUGCGAUAAUCUUGUACGUGUGACGUGUGGAAGGUACUUUUGAAAAAAGCUUUUAAUUUAUAUUAUUACCGGAAAUAAAAGAUCAUUGAAACAUUUGGUAAUCAAUAAUUUUGUUGUUGUAUCGUGACUAAAUAUGGUGCUUACGUCAUCAACAACAAUGUGAAAGUGAUUCCAUUUUAUGGCAACAUUUGUUAACGUUUUUUCUAUAACAAUGUGGUUAGAUCAUUUUUAUAUUAAUAUAUGAUGGGUAAAUACCUAGAGAAACAGUAUUGCUACUUAGCAACUGAAAGUAUUUGUAUGACGUUCUUACAAUACUAAUUUACCACUUUAAACAAGACCUAGCCCUAGCUGCAUGAUACCUCGUUUUUUAACACUCUAAUUGAAUCAAUAUCCGUUCGGAUUUUUCCAUAAUGUCAUCACGAUUUUUUAUUUCUUUAUGAAUAUGUUUUAAUAACCUUCAAAGAAAAUAUAAGCGAUGUCGAUGAUCGAGUGCAUUGUGAUCGUUCCAACGAGACCCCGCGCGCUGAUGAUCUAACUGUCCUUUGGCAGAUAGUUGGUAACCUGUGUAUAAUGUGGUACUACUGUAGAUAGCUGUUAGUUUUCACUCGUGUGGCACGUGAUACAACUAGUGCAAGUCGGACAAUUCUAGAGUAAACAUCCAGCAUUAUGUCAUGAUGCUGUAAAAGUCUGGGAAAUGCAACUUAUUUCAUGAUAUUCGUAUAUUUAUGGGUCGCUCGAUAAGCCUUUUCAUUAUGUAGUUUUUAUUUAACCAAAGUUACAAGAAAUAUCAAACUAAACGAGAUUUUUUUUCAAUUUUAAAUCGCAACACGUUACUCAUGUGUCAGCACUUCGGUUUUUUAUGCUUCCUCUUUGAGAUAAGAUUAGAAAGAUAAUUUCGUGUGCCAAAACAUUGUUGAUCAUAAAUUAUAUAUCAUCGUUAAAAUAGGUAACUAUAUUGAAUGCCAGUAGUAUCGGGAAUUAAGAACAAAUUACCCCAGAAUAAAUCUUUGGUUUUUCAUUUUAAUCUCGAAUUAUGCUGAAUUAACUAUGAAAUGAUUAUUUUAAAGCUCAGCUACUUGCGAGAAACAUUUUUAUUUUAGGAGUGGACUUGGAAGCAAAUAUGUAAUAUUGAUAACAUGUUCAAUUAACAUAUAUCUUUAUUAUUUUACUAUUUAUACUACCUAUCACAUUGUCAUCUUAUAAAAUCGUUCAAGCACCAUAAUCCGUAAUUUUAAGCUGCAUUUUAGCGCAUUAGCGUGACUUGAGUGUCAGCUUGUGUUGAAAUCUCUUUGUAAUAAACUGCUAAUUUGUCACAUUUUAAA